UAUCUGCUUCCUUUAUUUUCAUGCUUUGCAUGAUAUGUUAAGGUGUUUCUUGCUUUGAGUGCCACAUUCCUCAUGUACCUUUAUUGGUUAGCUACGUUUGAAAAGAGUUCUCUUGCUCAGCUACAGUGUGAAAAGUUUUUCAUCUAGCCAUGUGUAUUAGGGGUUGUUUAUGGAUUGAAAUGAAUCCGUCUUUUGAAAGGAAGUCUUUUUGUUCAGUUUUAGUGUAUUUUGGAAAAUAUCUUCGAGCCCUUAUUGAGGUGAUGAUGGAAAAGUUGAAGGAAAAAUGCAGAUCCCUUUGUAAUAGCAGAAGUUGUCUUGGAUGCUGUGUGAAUUCUCCUCAUGUUGUUUCAGUGGAUAAGCCAUCUAAAGGACUGAAAGUUCCGAGCAAACGAUUGAGGAAAACUAGUUUAAGAGACGACUUUUGGAGCAGUAGUGCAUGCGAGAUGGAGAAUAGCACAUUUCCCUCCCAGAGAAGCAUCUCAUCAAUUAGCACAUCUAAUCCGGCCCUUGAUCCUCACAGUAAUUCUGGCACCACGAGCAGCACUUCGGAAUUUGUAAAUCAUGGUCUACUUCUUUGGAAUCAAACGAGGCAACAAUGGUGUGGAAAUAAAACACCACAGAAGGGUGCCUCAGUUCGAGAACCCAAAUUAAGUUCGGAUACAAAUUAUGUAACGUUGCUAGGGACCAAUAAGCUUUUCCCUCAGCCAAUCCCUCUACCGGAAAUGGUAGACUUUCUUGUUGAUGUGUGGGAGCAGGAGGGGCUUUAUGAUUAAGCAGCCACACAACUCAUCAUUCUCAGCAACUGCAAAUUGUGUUCUGCAAGUUUUUAUCACAUUAAUUUGAUGUUUUAUAAGGACUUCUAAAAUAUUAAAAGAAAAAAAUGAUAUCCAAAAGUUAAAUGAAGAUAUUUUAAUUUUUA